CCGAACCCUAAACCUCCAAUCGGAAAGAUUCGAUGUUAUAUGCGACGCCACGACUUCGACCAAUCCCUCUCUUCUUCUCUCUCUCUCUAGAAUCCUCCAUUGAUUCUCUCUCCAGAAACUCCAUUAUGUUGAGUUUCUGAAUUUUGGGAUUUUAUUAACCCCAUUAUUCAUUCUCUUCCUCUUCUUUAUUUCUCUAUUGUUUUCCCCAAGUUUAUUCCUUUUCUUGAUUCUAUAGAUUCCAUUAUUCCGCUUUCCAGUUCUUUCUCAUUGCUCCCUUCGGAUUUUUCUAUGUUCCAUUUUCGAUCGCCCCACCUACUCCUUCCUUAAAUAAACCAACCCCCCCUUUCACUUCUAAAUCAAUCUGGGUUUCUUUCGUUUUCUGCCAUGGGUUUCGUUGAUAAUUUUCUGGAUAUUCGAGUCGGAAUGGAUUUGAGGCACUAUGCUGAUGCUCUGGAUCAAGAACGUCGCAAAAUUCAGGUCUUCCAGCGCGAACUUCCCCUUUGUUUGGAGCUUGUCACAAGAGCUAUUGAUUCUUGCCGGCAGCAGUUAUCUGGGGUGUCAACAGAGAGCUCUGAACAUACUUCCAGCGAUGGCCCUGUUUUGGAGGAGUUUAUCCCGAUUAACAGAGCGUCUGUUGAUUCCCAUUUUGAAAAUGAAGAAGAUGAGCUGUUACAACCAGAGAAAAACGAAGUGGGUCGAUCGGAUUGGCUUAAAACGGCUCAGCUUUGGAAUCAAUCACCGGAAUCUCCCAUUACAGAGGAUGUUGUUAAGGAAACGGCGUCGUCUGCUGUUGAGGUAAAGAACAAUGGCGGUGGCGGUGGCGGUGCUUUUCAGCCGUUUCAGAAGGGGAAAACCACUCCAUUAAAACUAGAGGCGGCGGUGGACGUCGCUAAAAUAGUCGGCUCUUCUCCGAUUCGUGAGGCGACGACGAGUUCGACGGCGGAGACUAGUAAACGAGAGGAAAAGGAAUCUCAGACUCGGAGAAAACAAAGGCGGUGCUGGUCGUCGGAGUUACACCGGCGAUUCGUUCACGCACUUCAACAGCUUGGCGGCCCUCAUGUUGCUACGCCGAAACAAAUCAGAGAGUUAAUGAAGGUUGAUGGGCUCACCAACGAUGAAGUUAAAAGCCAUUUACAGAAAUACCGAUUGCACGCAAGAAGGCCCACAAAUUCUGCAAUGCAAGACAGCGGCAGCUCCUCAUCGCCGCAGCAAUUCGUGGUGGUCGGAAGCUCAUGGGUGCCGCCGCCUCCACCGAAGUACACAGUAGCGACAACAGCGAAAUCGAGAAAUGGGAUUUAUGCUCCGGUGGCAACGGCGGUGCGACGGCAGAUGACGGCAGAGGAAGGGAAGGGGAGGCAGAGCGGCGGAGUUGUUCAAUCGAAUUCGCCGGUGAUGUCUUCCUCGACUCACACCACCACAACCUCGCCGUCGGCGGCGUAGAUUGUAGUUUUGGACAUUUUUGUUGAAUGUUGGAGAGUGGUGUAAAAGUUUUGUAAGUAUUGAUAAAGCAUGUGGUAUACAUCAACAUUUUCACGUGAGGUUUCUUUCCCCAUUCUUGGAUUUCCUUU